AUGAGCGACUGGGACUCUGAAGACUUUCAAAACAAAUGGGAUAAUGAGAAUCAACCAACUGGAGAUGGAUUAGGUUCAUGGGAUGAUGAUGAGGAGGAACAGACUGAGAACACACAGGAUACUUCGGCCGGACAGACAAACUCUGCACCAAAGCCAAAGUCAAAGGCGAUGACUAUGAAGAAGUUGGCCGAGCUGAGAGAGAAGGAGCAGAUGGGCGUCAUUCCCGAGAAUGAUAUGGAUCCAUACCUGGAGAAGAAGAAGAAGCAAGAGUUGCAGGAGGCUGCCGACUUUGAGCACUCCAAGACCCUGUUUGGCGCACUGGCCGUCAACAGAGUAGAGGGUGAGCUCGACAAAAUGGAUCCAAAGACAGAGAAGGAGUUUGAGCAGUAUGCUACUGCCGUAGCCACCUACAUCACUAAAUACGAUAAAUCCUACUUCUACCCAGCUCUGCUGAAGAACAUUCUGAAGCAUGCUACAGUGAACAGCACUUCAGCCGAGGUAGGCGAGAUUGGCAAGUCAUUGACUGUCAUUGUAAACGAGAAGCUUAAAGCAGAGAAGAAUGCAGGUGGAAAGAAGAAGCCAACCAAAGCCCAAACAACAAAGAAGUCACUUCAAAUGGACAGCGAACUGCAGGACUAUGAUCAGUUCAAUGACGAAGACUUCAUGUAA